CUCCAAUUCUCAGGGCUCUGUUUCUCUCCCGACGGCGUUCCUCGUAUCUGUAAUUUCCUCAAUCCUCCCGAACUCUCCUUAUUUCCAAACACCAUACUCCACAAAAACCCACUCAAAGAUUUGGGUCACACAAAUUUUCUGUAACUUCAUCUGAAUCCCUCUCUUCAUCUCGCUCCAUUUAGGUUUUCCGUUUUUUAAAAGAACCCAUUUUUCGAAUCAAUUCCCCCACUUCUGCGGGGAGCUGGGGAAGUGACGCCGGUGAGAAAUUUCCCAGGAAGCGAAAGAGGAGGGCAAGAAAUAUAUUGGGUUUCUUCUGUUUUCUAUUUUGUCGGCCGUGGAUAUUAAAAACACGCACCUACGAAGCAAUUCUUUUGAAAUUACCGUUUUUUAAAUUAAAAAAAAUAUAUAUAUUACCGUUGGAAUUGUUCCCGCGAUGGUGGCUCAGGUAGAGCACCACCCACAACAGCAAGAGCCUGCUUUAGACCAUGUAGAGAAGGCCAAGUCUCUGAUCUCGGCCCUUAAUUUGGUCUCUCGAAACCUCCCUCUCCCUCCUGACCUGUUUGAAGCUGUUUCUUCCGUCUAUUUUGGCGAAGAGGAAGGUGAAAGGGAGGCCUUUGACGAUGGGGCCGAAGGUAGCGUUGGAUCUGAUCAGAUACCAGUGGCUCCGAAGGGAUUGGAUGAUUCGGGAAGUCUUGUGGAGGGGAAUUUGUUGAGUGAAUUUGAAAAUGCACUAUCAAGACAGCGACCAAAAUGCAUGUCAGGUUCGGGAUUGAGAGAAUCAAGAGAAAACCGUUACCAGAGCCACAUUCAGCAUCGCUUGAAAGAACUUGAAGAAUUGCCUUCAAGUAGAGGUGAGGAUCUGCAGAUGAAGUGCUUGCUUGAAUUGUAUGGCCUAAAGUUAGCAGAGUUGCAAAGCAAGGUUCGGUCUGAUGUGAGUUCUGAGUAUUGGCUUCAUGUCAACUGUGCAUAUCCCGACAGGCAAUUGUUUGACUGGGGCAUGGCACGAUUACCUUUUCCAUCAUAUGGUAUCUUUGUUCCUUUCACCACAGAAAUUGAUGAUCAAGCCAGGAAGAAACGAGAUUACGAGAGAUUGUCACGGUUAAGAGAGGAGGAAAAGAGCCAAAUAGAGAAUAGAAAGAAGAAAUUCUUCUUAGAAAUUGUUAAUGCAUUCCGUGAUUUCCAGCUGCAAAUUCAAGCAUCUCAAAAGCGUCGAAAGCAAAGGAAUGAUGGCAUCCAGGCAUGGCAUGGAAGGCAAAGGCAACGUGCUACACGGGCAGAGAAACUAAGGUUCCAGGCCCUUAAGGCUGAUGAUCAAGAAGCAUACAUGAGAUUAGUAAAGGAGAGCAAGAAUGAACGGUUAACCAUGCUUCUUGAAGAAACAAAUAAGCUCCUUGUUAAUUUGGGAGCUGCUGUUCAACGACAGAAAGAUGCUAAACAUUCAGAUGAAAUCAAAGAUUUAAAAGAUUCCGAAGUAGAUUCCCCUGAGAUGGAUGCUUCCAAGGAUGGAACCCCUCAAGAUUCACUUCCUGAGGAAGAUAUUGAUGAUGACUCCGGUGAUUUGCUUGAAGGUCAGAGGCAGUAUAACUUGGCUAUUCACUCAAUUCAGGAGAAGGUAACUGAGCAGCCAUCCAUGCUUCAAGGUGGAGAAUUAAGACCAUACCAGUUAGAAGGGCUUCAGUGGAUGGUUUCCUUGUUUAAUAACAAUCUUAAUGGAAUAUUAGCUGAUGAGAUGGGCUUAGGAAAAACAAUACAAACUAUUUCAUUGAUUGCAUAUCUUGUGGAGAACAAAGGUGUUACGGGGCCACAUUUGAUAGUGGCUCCUAAAGCUGUACUGCCAAAUUGGAUCAACGAAUUCUCGACUUGGGCUCCUAGUAUUCAUGCUGUUCUUUAUGAUGGACGUCUAGAUGAGAGAAAGGCACUGAGGGAAGAAUUAUCAAGGGAUGGAAAGUUUAACGUGUUGAUCACCCACUAUGACCUUAUUAUGAGAGACAAAGCAUUUUUGAAGAAAUUCCACUGGUUAUACAUGAUUGUUGAUGAAGGGCAUCGGUUAAAGAAUCAUGAGUGUGCUCUUGCACGGACACUUAUUUCCGGUUAUCGGAUUCAACGCCGACUCUUAUUGACUGGGACUCCAAUACAGAACAGUUUACAGGAAUUGUGGUCGCUGCUUAACUUUCUCCUUCCAAACAUCUUCAAUUCAGUAGAAAAUUUUGAAGAGUGGUUUAACGCUCCCUUUGCAGAUCGUGGUGAUGUUUCUCUUACAGAUGAAGAAGAGCUAUUGAUUAUUCGUCGUUUGCAUCAUGUUAUAAGGCCAUUCAUAUUGAGGAGGAAAAAGGAUGAGGUAGAGAAAUUUCUUCCUGCUAAAUCCCAGGUUAUACUGAAAUGUGAUCUCUCGUCAUGGCAGAAAGCCUACUAUCAACAGGUUACAGACUCAGGCAGAGUUGGGCUAGAUACUGGUACUGGGCGUUCAAAGAGCCUACAGAAUCUUACCAUGCAACUGAGGAAGUGUUGUAACCAUCCCUACCUCUUCAUAGAUAGAGAAUACAACUGGUGGCAGAAAGAGGAGAUUGUCAGAGCAUCAGGGAAAUUUGAGCUUCUUGAUCGGUUACUACCAAAACUUCGACGAGCUGGCCACAGAGUGCUGCUUUUCUCCCAAAUGACACGUUUAAUGAACAUUCUUGAAAUAUACUUGAGACUCAAUGAUUUUAAGUAUCUUAGACUUGAUGGUACUACAAAAACAGAGGAAAGAGGGACUUUGCUAAAGAAAUUUAAUGAACCAGACUCUCCCUACUUCAUGUUUCUAUUGAGCACCCGUGCUGGAGGUCUUGGGCUGAAUUUACAAACAGCAGAUACUGUCAUCAUUUUUGAUAGUGAUUGGAAUCCCCAAAUGGAUCAACAGGCAGAAGAUCGGGCCCAUCGUAUAGGACAGAAAAAGGAAGUCAGGGUUUUUGUACUGGUUAGUGUGGGAUCAAUUGAAGAGGUAAUUUUAGAGCGUGCAAAGCAGAAGAUGGGUAUUGAUGCCAAGCUUAUGAAAAUUAAAAAAGAUAAUUGGUAGAGAUUUAAAGUGCCAAGGAUGCAGUACUGAAAAAAUAAAGUUUAGGGACGAUUUGGGUCUUUUUGAAGUUAAAGGAUGAACUAAGUUUAAAAAUGAAAGUUUAGGGACCAAAUUGGGCAUUAAACCAAUGAAUUUCAAUACCCAUCAAUCACAUGCAUUUGGCCCAGUUGUCAUCAAACAGAGUGUAGGCUUCAAGCAGGAAUUCACAAACAAUUGAGCCAGUUUUAACAGCCAAAAACAACUAAAACAGUCAUCAUUUUGCGGAACUAGAUUCUUCUAAAGUGCACAUUUAGCUAAAGCAUAUGUGUAUAAAACAAAUCCUAACAAGAACAACUACCAUCCAGAACCAAAUCCAAAUUUCUGAAUACAAAGGCUACUUGUUAUGAUCAUCAAGCAGAAUUUAGUCUGAAACCCCAUUAAUGCAUAAAGUAAAAGAACACAAUCAAUUAAAGAGUUGGUCUUACUUGAGCAAGAUAAAACAAAAUUGCUUUGGAAAAUUAGAAUCAAAACAUUUGUAGCAUCCAAUAACUGCGAAUAAUAUAAGGAAAUGCAGUUGAAUAUUAAAAGGGCUAAAAAAAUGAGACAAAACCACCAUAAGAAGAACAUUCUUCUUUCUGAUACUUCAACGGUAAGACUUCUGGAACCUAGCUCUGGCGCCACGACCACCGAACUUCUUGGGCUCGCACCGCCUCGGAUCGGCAACGAGCAGAGUCCUAUCGUACCUCACCAAGAUGUCUUUAAUCUCCUUCUUCUGCUGCUCAU